GAGAUCGCUGUUGCGUUGGUAUUAAUCACUGGUCACCGGUUACAUCGGCAUCAUCAUGAUUCGUCUCCUCUUUAUUUUAACUUGUCUCUUUGUCUUCAGUCCAUGCACUGAGAGCUCCUGCUUUAAAUGUGGUCCGCUUCCUUCCUAUGAGAGAAUCACAGUGACAGGCAACGCAGACAAAGAACUCAUCUGCAACGCCACAAAAGUUUUGAAACUCUGUGCCAGAAAUCUUAAUACGGAUAACUGUGAAAAUGAGAUAGAGGUUCUAACGGAAGCCUGGAGUAGCAUCUACGAUCAUUACAGCUGCACAGGAUCAUCGAUUUCCCCAAGCCUUGCCAUUUUUGCCUCAUUGAUGAUAAUUAACAUUUUACUUUACACGUGGAGAAAUUAGGCUUUUGAUGAGAUAUCCAUUGUACACACAUUGAAAAUAAAAGCAAGCUUCUUCUCAAUGACCGACAGAUGCUACAAAUUAUUAAUUAUUUGUUCUACAAGAAAUGCUGUGGAUUAUUUAAGCUAAAAUAUGUUGUGCUCUCUCUCUCUCUCUCUCUCUCUCUCUCUCUCUCUCUCUCUCUCUCUCUCUCUCUAUAUAUAUAUAUAUAUAUAUAAAGUAGUAGUAUAAUAAAAAAUGUCACAAAAGUA